AUGUUGGGGACUCCCGGGCAGUUUUAUGCAGAGAUGGAUGGUGUAGCAAAACAGAAAACUGUGGAUCACGACCUGGAGAAGGCGAAGGAGAAGGAUCUUGUUGAAAGCACAGGUGGUUUUGUAUUGGAAAGGCCAGGAAACAUUCCACAUGUGGAUGGCCAACUAGCUAUGACAAGGGGCAUCUAUGGACGGAAAACUAAAUAUGAUCAAAUAACUUCAGAAGCAGAUAUAAAGGUUAAGAAGAUUGACAAUGAAACAGAUUUCAUCAUUUUGGCAAGUGAUGGCUUGUGGAAGGUGAUGUCCAACCUCUUAUGA